UAUUCGCUCUUUCUGUCAGUCCAGCACUCCUGAAUUGGAGGGUGCCACACUUUUAGGUGAGGGUGGUGGACCAAGGGUGAAAUCUGCAGAGAACAACAAAGAAGUAAAAGAGCGCGGAUAGGCACGGUUAGACGGCCAAUCCCUUGUCUAUCCAGAGAGGAUGGAGAACGCACACGCAAAGACCCCGGCAGAAUGCCUGUCUUACUUCGGGGUGAAUGAGAACACCGGUCUCACUCCCGACCAGUUCAAGAAGAACCUGGACAAGUAUGGCUUCAAUGAGCUGCCCGCUGAGGAGGGUAAGAGCAUCUGGGAGCUGGUCAUUGAGCAGUUCGAGGACCUGCUUGUCAGGAUCCUGCUGCUGGCUGCCUGCAUCUCUUUUGUGCUGGCCUGGUUCGAGGAAGGCGAGGAGACCAUCACCGCCUUCGUGGAACCCUUCGUCAUCCUUCUUAUCCUCAUCGCUAACGCCGUUGUCGGAGUGUGGCAGGAGCGUAACGCUGAAAAUGCCAUCGAGGCUCUCAAGGAGUACGAGCCUGAGAUGGGCAAGGUUUACCGUUCUGACAGAAAGAGUGUGCAGAGGAUCAAGGCCAGAGAAAUUGUCCCUGGAGACAUUGUGGAGGUGUCUGUUGGUGACAAAGUCCCCGCUGACAUCAGGAUUGUUUCCAUCAAGUCCACCACCCUGCGUGUUGACCAGUCCAUCCUCACCGGUGAGUCUGUCAGUGUGAUCAAGCACACUGAGGCUGUUCCCGACCUCAGAGCUGUCAACCAGGACAAGAAGAAUAUGCUUUUCUCUGGCACCAACAUCGCUGCCGGCAAGGCCAUCGGUGUGGCUGUGGCCACCGGAGUCUCCACUGAGAUUGGCAAGAUCCGUGACCAGAUGGCUGCCACUGAGCAGGAGAAGACCCCUCUGCAGGCCAAGCUGGACGAGUUCGGCGAGCAGCUGUCCAAGGUUAUCUCCCUGAUCUGUGUUGCUGUCUGGGCCAUCAACAUUGGCCACUUCAACGACCCCGUCCACGGUGGCUCAUGGAUCCGUGGUGCUGUCUACUACUUCAAGAUCGCUGUCGCUCUGGCUGUGGCUGCCAUCCCUGAGGGUCUGCCCGCCGUCAUCACCACCUGCCUGGCCCUUGGUACCCGCCGUAUGGCCAAGAAGAACGCCAUUGUCAGAAGCCUGCCCUCUGUGGAGACCCUGGGCUGCACCUCCGUUAUCUGCUCUGACAAAACUGGCACCCUCACCACCAACCAGAUGUGUGUGACCAAGAUGUUCAUCAUCAAGAAUGUGGAUGGCGACCAUGUUGACCUUGAUGCCUUUGACAUCUCUGGCUCCAAGUACACCCCCGAGGGCGAGGUCACCCAGGGAGGUGCCAAGACCAACUGCAGCGCAUACGACGGCCUUGUUGAGCUGGCUACCAUCUGCGCCCUGUGCAACGACUCCUCUCUGGACUACAAUGAGUCCAAGAAGAUCUAUGAGAAGGUUGGUGAGGCUACUGAGACCGCCCUGUGCUGCCUGGUUGAGAAGAUGAACGUGUUCAACAGCAACGUGAAGAACCUGUCCAGGAUUGAGAGAGCCAACGCCUGCUGCACAGUCAUCAAGCAGCUCAUGAAGAAGAACUUCACUCUGGAGUUCUCUCGUGACAGGAAGUCCAUGUCCGUGUACUGCACCCCCUCUAAGGGUGAUGGUGGCGCCAAGAUGUUCGUGAAGGGCGCCCCUGAGGGUGUGAUUGACAGGUGCGCAUAUGUGCGUGUUGGCACCACCCGCGUCCCCCUGACCAACGCCAUCAAGGAGAAGAUCAUGGCCGUCAUCAGGGACUGGGGUACCGGUCGUGACACCCUGCGUUGUCUGGCCCUGGCCACCCGUGACACCCCACUGAAGCUGGAGGAGAUGAACCUCGAGGACUCAACCAAGUUUGCCGAUUACGAGACUGAUCUGACCUUUGUUGGCUGCGUGGGUAUGCUGGAUCCCCCCCGUAAGGAGGUCACUGGCUCAAUUGAGCUGUGCAGAGCUGCUGGAAUCCGUGUCAUUAUGAUCACUGGUGACAACAAGGGAACCGCUAUCGCUAUCUGCAGGCGCAUUGGCAUCUUCUCUGAGGAGGAGGAUGUUUCUGGCAAGGCCUACACCGGACGCGAGUUUGACGAUCUGCCCACCCACGAACAGGCCGAGGCUGUGCGCAGGGCUUGCUGCUUUGCCCGUGUGGAGCCAUCCCACAAGUCCAAGAUUGUGGAGUACCUGCAGGGUUAUGAUGACAUUACUGCCAUGACUGGUGAUGGUGUGAACGAUGCCCCUGCCCUGAAGAAGGCCGAGAUCGGCAUCGCCAUGGGCUCUGGCACUGCCGUUGCCAAGUCUGCCUCUGAGAUGGUCCUGGCUGACGACAACUUCUCUUCCAUUGUGGCUGCUGUUGAGGAGGGCAGAGCUAUCUACAACAACAUGAAGCAGUUCAUCCGCUACCUCAUCUCCUCCAACGUCGGUGAGGUCGUCUGUAUCUUCCUGACUGCUGCCCUGGGUCUGCCCGAGGCUCUGAUCCCCGUCCAGCUGCUGUGGGUCAACCUGGUUACUGAUGGUCUGCCUGCCACCGCUCUGGGCUUCAACCCCCCUGAUCUGGACAUCAUGGGCAAGCCCCCACGUUCCCCCAAGGAGCCCCUGAUCUCUGGCUGGCUGUUCUUCAGAUACAUGGCUAUUGGUGGAUACGUCGGUGCUGCCACUGUCGGUGGUGCUGCCUAUUGGUUCCUGUACGAUGAUGAGGGUCCCGCUGUCAGCUACUAUCAGCUGUCCCACUUCAUGCAGUGCCACGAUGAAAACGAGGACUUCGCCGGCAUCGACUGCGAGAUCUUUGAGGCCGCUCCUCCCAUGACCAUGGCCCUGUCUGUGCUGGUCACCAUCGAGAUGUGCAACGCUCUCAACAGCUUGUCUGAGAACCAGUCUCUGCUCCGCAUGCCCCCAUGGAGCAACUUCUGGCUGCUCUCCGCCAUGACCCUCUCCAUGUCCCUGCACUUCAUGAUCAUCUAUGUUGACCCUCUGCCCAUGAUCUUCAAGUUGACCCAUCUGAACACAGAGCAGUGGAUCAUGGUCCUGAAGCUUUCCUUCCCCGUCAUCGCCAUUGAUGAGGUGCUGAAGUUCGUCGCUCGCAACUAUGUUGAGAAAUAAAUUCAGUCAAUCCACCACUAUUAGCCUGUAACUAAAGCAAGCAGGUACAGAAGUUAAAUAGAGAUGUAGAAGAAGAGGAUCUUAUGGGUUGGAGAGAAAGAGGUGGAGAAGAGUGAGAGGAAGAUCAUAACCAAAGAGGGGAGCCAUAGUGAGCCAACCAAUAGAAGAGAGAGGAGAAAACACAGGAAAACGUACCAAAAAAAAACAAUAAAACUUUUAAAAAUCUACAUAAAAAUAGCCUCUAUAUAAGGAAGGAGAUUGAAUUAAAAUGAAGGGAAGUAUCCCUGCCGAUAAAGUAUUAAAAUAUUUAAGAUUUUAUUCUAAGAAAUAAAGUAUGUAUUAAAAGUGAUUUUUUGUUAAACUUGGAUAUUCUCAGCUGUUGUGUUUUUGUGUCCUCUGUCCAUUUUCAUAUGAUUGACUUUCCAGCUCAUUACUUUUAUUCUAGUCUUUGUUGCUCGUGUCUCGUGCAGCCUCCCUGCUUUGGCUGGGCUCUGUACAGUGUGGUGUAGGGUUGCAAAAUGACUUCAUAUGGGCAGAAAAACCACAUGCCUCCAGCUGCCAGCGCUCUCCAUAGGCUUCAUGCAGUCAGUGGACUUUUGGAGGUCUCAUGACAUUAAAAUGGGCAUGUCCACUCAGUCACAACACUUUUGGUCUUAUAUAUUGUUUACGUGAUAAGCUGCAAUAAAGUGAUGAUUACAAACUCA